AUGGACAACUUCCUCUCCGCCCGCGCAACCGACCUGAUUCGCGACCUGGAUUUGCCUUGGCGAUGGGCUCCACGAGGAACCUACUCGCCCAACGACAAUCCUUCGGGCUUGGUUUCUUUUGCCACUGCUGAGAACGCUCUUGUGCAUCAAGAUCUUGAGGACUUUACAAGGGACUAUGUGAGUAAACAACAUACAUGUAUCCUCGCCGAGUCCCUACAACGGCGAAAUCCGCCCCUUUCUCAAAACAUGUCUUCCAAAACGUCGUCUAAUACUUCCAAGGUCACCUUUCCGAAAUCAGUCUUCGGCUAUGGCUACAGCACGGCCGGUGGAACUGAGUUACCGGCCGUGAUAGCCCAGCAUGUGAAUGAAUACUUCAAACCUUCUCGGCCGCUGGACGGAAGUGAGAUCCGAGUCACCGGUGCGGCAACGGCCAUGCACGAGAUCCUAGGCUGGGCGGUGGGAAAUCCCCACGACGGUAUCCUGACCUCCAGACCCGUAUACGGACGGUUCGAGCUCGACUUCGGAAAUAAAGCAAGCCUUAAGAUAGUGUAUGCAGAUACAACUGCUGAGAACUCGUUUGACGUCGACGUGGUCAACGCAUUCGACAAGGCAUUGGCCGAGUCUCGCGUUGCUGGUGUGGAGAUACGAGCUCUUCUCAUAGUCAAUCCCAACAAUCCCGUUGGGCGCUGCUAUCCCAAGGAAACGCUCAUCGAGAUCAUGAGGUUCUGCCAGAAGAACCGACUCCAUCUCAUCAGCGACGAGAUAUACGCCACGUCUGUUUUCAGCAGUGAUAUGCCCGUCUUCACGUCCGUCUUGUCAAUUGAGCCAGGAUAUCUGGAUGAUGAGCUGCUUCACGUCAUAUACGGAUUUAGCAAAGACUUCGGUGCAGCCGGGCUCCGUCUUGGCUGCCUGAUAACACGAAGCGAACCAAUGCUAAAGGUCAUACAAAUGACAAUGCGCUUCCAUAAUCCUUCCGGUGCGUCCGUCGCGAUCGCCAAGGCGAUGCUAAGCAAUCGGGACUGGUGCACCCAGUUCAUCUCCAAUACCCGCCGCAGAAUUGGGGAAGCCUAUCAGCAUGUCACCGCGGGGCUGAGGGAGUUGGGUAUCAACUACCUACCAGCCAACGCCGGCUUCUUCGUAUACAUUGACCUUUCUCCGUACCUUGAUCAAAGUGUGGAAGCCUCCGAGUUUGACCUCUCCCAGAGACUACUUGACGCAGGUGUCUUUCUUCACCCCAAGGAAGAACAUGGUAAACAAGGCUGGUACAGAGUUGUCUACACUCAGCCUCCGGAAGUUGUGGAUGAAGGGUUAAGACGCAUCAAGACGGUUCUUCAGAAAAAGGCUUAG